AAAUAGAGAUAUAUUCAUAUUCCACUGUUUCUAGGUUUUUCGAUAGUUUGUGUGCAGUUUUUGUCGUUUUGAUGCACUCUGAACCUAUCAGAGAUUGUUAUAUUGCCAGAGAAUACUAUCCCUUAUUCUAACCCAUAUAGUAUCCCCCACCUGCCAAAUAAUGCAGAAUAUCUCCUAUUUAAAGGAAGUAUCGAAUUGUACACUUCAAUAGGGAUACAAAGUGAUUCACAAUUAUACAUAAUACUUGCUGUUUGAGUUGGUUGAUGAAAGUGAAAUGCUUUGGUUCCCAACUCAUUAGGAUGAAUAGAAUUACUCACUAAUAGCGAUAUCAGUAUUGUUGAUGAUAAAGCUGAAAUCCAUAAGAAUGGACUCUAUGGGAAUGAGUAGUUGUCCAAUAUCAAGCUGUGAGACAUAUCUGGCUGAUUAUUUGUUGGAGACAACAAUCAAACUAUUACUUUUCAGAUAUAUAGAUAUAUGUAUAUAGAAGAUAGACAUUGAUAUCUAUCUAUCUAUCUAUCUUCUUGAAUACCUUACUGAAGUUGUGCUUACAAGAUAUCGCUCUUUGGAUUCUAGAAUAGACAAUAACAAAUCAUUAUGUGAUAAGAAAGUGGAUUCGUUCGAAAAAUACUUCACUACAUGUUCUAGAAUACAGAGAUUGUUGUGAUUCUAUAGGACAAACUUGUUAUUUUAUCGUUAACUUGAAUUAUACAAACAUUUUACCAACACAGUAUGGUGAGUAUGAGGACACAUUCCAUAUUCACCCUUUAUUGCUAAAGAUUCAAUUUUACACCCUUUGAAUCUAAUUCAAAAUAGUACGUUGAUAUGAAUAUCUGUGAUAUCUAAUUUAUUUAACCACAAUCUUUAUAACGAGUUCAUUUACAGUCCUUCCAUUAUGUUAUUUUGUAUAUCGUCAAUAUGAGCAAAUCUCUAUCGUUAACACGAAUAAAUCGAUUAUUGGAUAGACGUGAAUCGACACCAAUACUUUGAGGAAUUGUCUGGUAAUCUAUUGGAAUAAUCAUUUGUCUAUUCGAUUACAAGUAUAAUACUUCGAUUUCCAUAAAUUCCAUUUAGGAUAAAGCUAUGUUUAGCAAAAAUAAUGAAUGUUACAAUAUUUUCUUGUUUAUGAUAAAUGGAGAAUAUAGUCUUUUAACUCAAAAAUAAGUAAUAAAAUAGCUGAUAAUAGAUAUUCGAAUGAAUGGAUGGACUUUUACACUCUUUUCUAUUCGCUACACACUAAAUGUUAUUAUUCUGAGGUUAGAUGUAAGUCCAUGUUCACGAACGCGGUGCUGUCGCCGCAGCCGGCGCAGGCGGAGGCGGCGGGGAACGCAGGGAAAGGGGGAAAUGGGGAAUCGAUGAUGCAACCUCUGCAGAAGACGCCGGCGCCGUUGAUUGGGCCAGGGAAGGAGGGACAGGCGAGAAAGCCGCUGUUUGGGAAGUCCGGGAGGAGGGAGAGCGGAACGGCGAGGCUGGUGGAGGAAAUCAGCAGGAUGAACGGAUUGCUGGAAUUGAUUGCGAAGAACCAGGCGGCGAUGCAGAAAACGCUGGAGGGGCUGGAGAAAAAGGUUAAUCUCUGCAUGAGAGUUUUGGAUUUGAGCGCGCAGGAAGAGAACAGUGGAUGAUGUCCUUUAU